AUGACUGGAAGAGGAACUAGAGGAAGACCUCGUGGAAGCACUGCUCAGGCAAUGCAACAACAGCAGGCUGCUGCCGCUGCUGCUGCCCAACAACAACAAUUACUUCAACAACAACAGCAAGCCGCAGCACACCAGCAGCAGCUGUUAAAACAACAGCAACAACAACAGCAACAGCAGCAACAGCAGCAACAGUAUAAUAUCCCUCCACCGCCUCCCGGUACACAGCAGCAGCCUCAACCAGGAGAUCAACCAACUCUUUAUAAUAAACCUACUGACAAAAACUUGUCACUGCUAUUUGACGAGCUUUUGCCCGAAGCCCAGAUGUAUCAUAAGCUGCAGGAAGUAGAGCGAAAGAUUGACGCGACACUUUACCGUAAAAAGCUGGAUCUUCAGGAUCUAAUGGCUAGAAAUAUGAGAACGCAUGAGACUAUGCGAAUAUUCAUUUCCAACUCUGUGAAAGACCAACCUUGGCAAGUAAUGGCCGCUGGUUUGGAUGACGGUAGCAAUACCUUUGUCUUUGAUGGGAGCAGUACGACUCCAUCUUUUAAUUUAAGAAUCGAGGGCCGUUUACUUGACAAUAAAGAGCCUCUAGAUUCCUCAAAGCGCCGUCUUUUUUCUUCAUACUUUACCAGCAUAAUUGUCGAGUUUGAGAAUCUCAGCGACCCAUCUGAAAGAACCAUAGCCGAAUGGCACGAGACAACUGAUCCUCUUGAAAAGCAGGCUGCAGUGGCUCAACAGCAACAAAAUAAACUGGGGUUUGAUAUUUUGGACAUUAGACGGAAUGGCGAUCGUCCUAUUAAGGCCAAAAUUCUUUUCCAGGUUAAGGAGUACCCAGAUAAAUUUAUGCUUUCACCGCAGUUGGCACGUAUCAUUGCGUUAGACGAAGAAACAAAAACUGGCGUUGUUUUUGCUCUUUGGCAGUAUAUCAAGUUUAACAAACUUCAGGAUAUUGAACAUAAAAGAACAAUCAAGUGUGAUGCAGCUCUCAAGAAACUUUUUGGAUGCGACAGCUUUUUCUUUGCUCAAAUCCCCACGCUUAUUCAACCUUUUUUGCUACCACGAGCCCCCAUUAUCAUUGAUUAUACCGUUCAAGUUGACAAGGAAAACAAUAUCGGUGAUUUUGUUUUUGACAUUGAGAUUGAGAAGGAUCAUCCCAUGAAGGAGGAAAUGGCAGAAUUGUUGGGUAAUUGGAACGAACACCAGGCCGAAAUCCAAACCCUGGACGAUCAGAUUGCACAAACCAUUCAAGCCAUGAAUGCCAACAGACUCAAAUAUCAGUUUAUGGAUUCAAUGGCUAAAAACCCUGUUGACACUGUUUCACAGUGGCUUGAAUCUCAAGCCAGUGAUUUGCGUUUGAUUAUGAGUGACAAGGGCUUCAACGAAGAAGAGGUUAGAAGGUCGGACUUUUACACCGAUGACGUGCUGAAUCAGACAAUUCAUAUGUUUCUGAAUACAAAGCGAUGA